UAUGUCAAAACACUUUCACGUUUGAGAGGUUAUAUUAGUUUUGGUUUUAAUUUAAAUGUCGAUGCAUUUUUUAGCGCUUUAUUUCAAUGCUGUGAUUUUUUAUUGUAGGUAUCGACAAUAUUUGCAUAAGUUAUUUAUUUACUAAUACGUAAGUUCAUUAAACAAAAUUUAAGAUGUAUCAGCCCGGAUCAAUUAGAAAAAUAGAAGUAACGAACUUUGUAACUUACUCCCAUGUAGAAUUUUAUCCAGGACCAAACUUAAAUAUGAUAAUAGGACCCAAUGGUACUGGAAAAUCUACCAUGGUAGCGGCUAUAAUUCUAGGUCUUGGUGGAAACCCCAAAGUUGUUGGAAGAGGAACAAAAGUUUCAGAGUAUGUGAAACACAAUUGUGAAAAUGCUGUUAUAAAUACAUAUCUUCAAGACAAAGAAGAUAAUAAGUUUAUUAAAGUGACUAGAGAAUUUGAUGUUCGUGAUAAAACCAUAUGGAAAAUAAAUAACAGAAAAGUUAAACUAAAUGACGUUUUGGAAUGUAUUAAACCUUUCAAUAUUCAAGUUGACAAUCUUUGCCAGUUUCUUCCUCAAGAUAGGGUACAGGAUUUCGCAAAAUUGAACAAGCAGGAGCUCUUACGGGAAACACAGAAGGCCUUGUGUCGAUUUGAUUUAAUUGAAAAACAAGAUUCAUUAGUACAAAAUAGGGAACACCAUAAGCAGUUACAUAAUAGCAUAGCCAAAUCUCAACAGAAACUUCAAGAGUCUAUUGAUUUAAAUGUUAGGUUAGAAGGAAGAGUACAAAGUUUCAAUAAAAAGAAAGAAUAUACUGAAAAGAUCCAACAUAUAGAAAGGAAGAUAGCGUUCAGAAUAUACGAAGAAAAGAGGAGUGAGCUUGCCGAAAUAAAAAAGGACAAAACUAAAGCUCAAGAAGUGUACGACAAAUACAAGACCAGCAUGAAACCUAUUGAGAAUGAGAUAACGUCCAAGAAGAAAGAAAUCUCCAAUGUACAACAAGAGAAUAAUAAAACAACAAAAGCUUUACGAAACGUCGAGGCAUCUAUAGAUUCAAAUUUGGAAAAAAUUGAUGGUAUAAAUGGAUCAGUAAGGAAACUUAAUGACGAACUGCUGUCCAAGUUGGCCGAAAUUGAACAUUGGAAUGAAGAGAUUAAAAAUGCUUCCAAUAAACUGGAGGACAUGAAGAAAUUACAAAAAGAAGCUUGGACUAAAGCCAAUGAAAAUGAACAGUUGAAGCAAUCGUGUACAAAUGAAAUGACAAAAUUAACCAAAACCUACCAAAUACUCCAAAGCAAUACCGACGAACUCUUACAAAUAAAACAAGAAAGCGUCAGGAGGAUACGUUUUCUCGAAAACGAAACACAAAAAUUAGAAAAUGUCAAACAGAAUCGUUUAGAUCAUCUUAGAAGAAUCAAUGCAGAUGCAUACGCCGCUGUCGAUUGGCUCAGAAACAACAAACACCUCUUUCGAGGAGAAAUUUACGAACCGAUUAUGCUAGAACUAAACGUAACGGAAAAUCGUCAUGCUAAAUAUAUAGAGAAUGUGAUACCACCCAGGGAUAGGGUUGCGUUCACUUGUGUCAACAAAGAUGACAUGAAUAAGUUGUUGAAAUCUCUAAGACAAGAAAAGAAGUUAAGCGUGAACGUAAUUCACUCGGAUAAGGACCAAAAUUCUUCUCAAUACCAACCGUCGACACCCAUUGAGUGUUUAAGACAAUACGGUUUCUAUACGUACGUGAAUAAUCUGUUUACUGCUCCGGAACCAAUUAUGAAUUAUCUCUGCAAAACGUACCGUUUGCACAACAUUCCCUUGGGGGACAAAUCUACAGACAACUGCUACGAGAAAGUCCCUAAAGAAAUUAGAUCAUUUUUUAGUGAGGAAUACAGAUAUAGUGUAAGUAUAUCGAAGUAUUCGGGUCAAAAGAGCAUUCGACAAGUAGCAGUCAGAUCUGACGGGAGCUUGUCUUUAACACUGGACGUUAUUAAAAUGAAUCAAUUAAGAGGCGAAAUAGAAGAAGCUAAAAGAAAAGUUUCGACGUACGACACUCAAAGCGAAGACGUCAAUAAGAAACUGUCCAUUCUGAAUGACCAAAUCGUUGAAAAAAGAGCAAAGCUAAAGGAGCUUCACCAACACAAACAGCACGCUGAAACCAUUACAGCUAGAGUGCAAACUUUGCAAAAGAAGUUGAUAGAAAUGGAACAGUUAAAGAAAAGUCCUGACGAAAUUAGAAGCGGGUAUAAAAAGAAAGGGGAGCAGUUUUUAAAAAGUAUACCAUCCAUCCACAGCUCAAUACAGAAAAGUGUUGGUGAAAUGAUUGAAUUGGAGAAGAGAAGUAUGCUGAAUAUUAGGAAAGUAGAAGAGGUUAGUAAAGCAAUCAAGUUUUUAGAAAAUGAUAUCAGUGAAAAGAGACGCCAAAGCGAAGAAGCAGAAGAUACGUUAAAGAAAAUAAAAGAACGAUAUAGCGAAUUUAUGGAAGAGGCCAAGGCUAUGUUGUCGAAAGCCAAAUCGCUCUCUAAAGGUUUUACUCCUGGUGACGAUGGGUUCAAUGAAUUUCGGGACGAAUUUGAAAAGUUAUCGUCAGAUAUAGAACAGCUAAACGUUCAACGUGAUCAGUUUCAAAAUCGGAUAGCUUGUUUAAACGUCGCAGACGACGGUGAAAUGGAAGAAUAUGAGAAUAGACGUAAGGAAAUAGAUAACUUACAGAAAGAAAUUGAUAGGAGCAAUACUGACUUAAAUAAGAUGACGACGAGAUUGGAGAGAUUCGAACAGGAAUGGCUUGUACCUUUAAAGCAACUUCUUAGUGAGAUUAAUUUAAAGUUUGCAGCGGCCUUUCAACGUAUGGGUUGUGCCGGUGAAAUUUCUGUGUACACUGGCGAUAACGACCAAGAUUAUUCGCAGUAUGGCAUUAGUAUCAAGGUAACUUAUCGCAACGGAGAACCUUUGCAGGAGCUGAAUUCCAACAUACAGAGUGGAGGAGAAAGGGCUGUGGCUACCGCUGCGUUUAUGUUGUCGUUACAAGAACUCACACCUGUGCCUUUUAGAUGUGUUGAUGAAAUCAAUCAAGGUAUGGACGCAAGCAACGAGAGAAGAAUCUUCGAAUUGGUUGUGGAUACCACCUGUAACAACUCUUCAUCACAGUAUUUUCUAAUAACGCCAAAGCUAAUACCUCAUCUGCGAUACGUUCCUAAUAUGCUGGUUCAUAUAGUCCACAACGGACCGUUUGUAGCACAAGACAAAAAAUGGGGAUUUACGAAACUCUGUAAUCCCAGUAAUAUGCAGAUAGCGUAAUCGGUCAUGUUUGUAAGAAGAUGAUUAGAUCAAUAUUUGUAUUAUAUUUUACCUAUAAUGUACAAGAUUUAACUUUUAACUUAUUGAUUAUUGUUUGAAGUUUUAUAUAUUUUUUACUUUCAGUAUAGAAUGUUCGAAAUAUACCGAAAAUUGUCAAUAUUAUUUGUAUAGUAUUUUUGUAAAAUAAAAUUGUGUUUAAAC